GAUAGUUUUAUAGGAUUGUCCCUCUCAAUCGCCAACUUAACUUCCAUUUCUGCAAAACCUAAAAUCGCAUCUUUUUCCAAAACGCAGUCAACCAAAUCCAUGGCGCGCCAAGCCACCAGGCUGAUUGCUAGUUUGUCAUCGCGCCUGCUCCGCCCUAAUCAGCUCAAUCAGCUACGCAAUUUCGGAUCUCCGCCGCCGCCGCCCGCCGUCUUCGUCGAUAAGAACACCCGCAUCAUUUGCCAGGGCAUCACCGGAAAGAAUGGCACUUUCCACACCGAGCAGGCCAUUGAGUACGGCACCAAGAUGGUUGGCGGAGUUACACCUAAAAAAGGUGGAACUGAGCACUUGGGACUCCCUGUCUUUAAUACUGUAGCAGAAGCAAAAGCUGAAACAAAGGCUAAUGCAUCAGUGAUAUAUGUUCCUCCUCCAUUUGCUGCAAAAGCCAUCAUGGAGGCAAUGGAGGCUGAACUAGAUUUGGUUGUAUGUAUCACAGAGGGAAUACCCCAACAUGACAUGGUUCGUGUGAAAGCUGCUCUUAAUCAGCAGUCACGGACUCGACUUAUUGGUCCAAACUGUCCUGGCAUUAUUAAGCCUGGGGAGUGUAAAGUUGGAAUUAUGCCUGGAUACAUCCACAAACCAGGACGCAUUGGAAUUGUGUCUCGGUCUGGUACAUUGACUUAUGAAGCGGUCUUCCAAACAACUGCAGUUGGCCUUGGGCAGUCAACAUGUGUGGGAAUUGGUGGAGAUCCUUUCAAUGGAACGAAUUUUGUUGAUUGCAUGGAAAAGUUCCUAGUGGAUCCACAGACAGAAGGUAUCGUUCUUAUUGGUGAGAUAGGUGGCACAGCGGAGGAGGAUGCGGCGGCUCUAAUAAAGGCAAGUGGGACUCAGAAGCCAAUUGUUGCUUUUAUUGCUGGGCUCACUGCUCCACCUGGACGAAGAAUGGGCCAUGCAGGAGCUAUUGUAUCCGGAGGAAAGGGUACUGCACAGGACAAAAUCAAGACCCUACGGGAAGCUGGAGUUACUGUCGUUGAGUCGCCUGCAAAGAUAGGCACCGCAAUGCUGGAGGUCUUCAAACAGAGGGGUCUUGUCUGAGGCCGAUGAGGAAAUUUUGUUGCUUUUUUUUCCAGUUUUGAGGACGAGAAUUAGAAUUUUAUUUGGUUGCAUAAGCCUUGGCUAUAGCUUUGUAAUAACAAACAAACAAAUUCAAUUUAUGCAGCGGGAUUGUAAAGACCCUUGCUGCUGGAAGAAUAUCUGGGCUGUUUGUUUUUCAACAUCUGUCCAUAUAUUAUAAAAGAGAAUUUGAAAAUUUUCCACUAAAUCUUGAUGUAUAAUAGUUUUAGUUUACUCGA